UUGGGGGUGGGGUCGGUCCCUGGGGCUGGGGCUGGGGGUGGUGCAAUGCCGGGGUGUUGGGGGUGGGGUCGGUCCCUGGGGCUGGGGGCGGUGCAAUGCCGGGGGGAGGGGGAAGGUGGCUCUGUCCCUGCAAUAGCUUGCGGGGGGAGACGUGGACGGGCCCGGGGUGGCUGUUGUCGGGCGACGCGUCGGGUGCGGACCAGCUGACGAGCGGGGCCGGCCUUGGAGCCCCGCCGCGGAGGGGAGGGAUAUAAAGGGCGGCGCGUCCCGCAGCCUGGCCCCGUAACUCCCCCUUGCAGCGCCGGCGGCCCGGGCCGUGUGUACCAUCAGCAGUGGCGGCAGCACUGCGGAGCCCGGGCUCGGGUCUCCAUCCAGCCAAUCAGAACUAGCUCUCCAAUUUACUUUUUUCCCCCAUCUUUUUCUUCCGAUUUUUUUUCCUUCCUCAACAUUUUUUGGUCAAAAAUCUCAACAAAAUGGUGCAGAAGAAAACAGAAAUCAAAGGUUUCCAUCGUUCUUUCAAGGGCCAGAACCCAUUCGACCUGGAAUUCUCCCAGUCAAGUCACCUGGAUUCUGUCUUCAACUUUGAGUGCCCGGCCCGCCCUGACAUGCCUUCAAGUCAGCCCAUCGAUAUCCCUGAUACCAAGAAAAGGAACAAGAAGAAGAAACGAUGCAGAGCUACGGACAGCUUCUCUGGGAGGUUUGAAGAUGUCUACCAGCUGCAGGAGGAGGUGCUCGGGGAAGGUGCCCAUGCUAGAGUCCAGUCCUGCAUCAACCUCAUCACCAACAAGGAGUACGCCGUGAAGAUCAUUGAGAAGAGCCUUGGACACAUCCGGAGCCGGGUAUUCAGGGAGGUGGAGAUGCUCUACCAGUGCCAAGGACACAGGAACGUCCUGGAGCUGAUAGAGUUCUUCGAAGAGGAAGAUCGAUUCUACCUGGUGUUUGAGAAGAUGCGAGGAGGCUCCAUCCUGACCCACAUUCACAGGAGGCGCCACUUCAAUGAACUGGAGGCCAGUGUGGUGGUGCAAGACAUUGCCAGUGCCCUUAACUUCUUGCACAACAAAGGUAUAGCGCACAGGGAUUUAAAACCAGAAAAUAUUCUCUGUGAGAGUCCCGACCAGGUUUCCCCUGUGAAGAUCUGUGACUUUGACCUGGGAAGUGGCAUCAAAUUAAAUGGCGAUUGUUCCCCUAUCUCCACCCCUGAGCUGCUCACACCCUGCGGCUCUGCUGAGUACAUGGCCCCUGAGGUGGUGGAGGCCUUCAACGAGGAGGCUUCCAUCUACGACAAGCGUUGCGACCUGUGGAGUCUGGGCGUCAUCCUGUACAUCAUGCUGAGCGGCUACCCACCCUUUGUGGGGCACUGUGGCACCGACUGCGGCUGGGACCGCGGUGAGGCGUGCCAUGCCUGCCAGAACAUGCUCUUUGAGAGUAUCCAGGAAGGGAAGUAUGAAUUUCCUGAUAAAGACUGGGCCCACAUUUCUUUUGGAGCCAAAGAUCUAAUUUCCAAGCUGCUGGUUAGAGAUGCCAAGAAUCGGCUCAGUGCGGCCCAGGUCCUCGAGCAUCCUUGGGUGCAGGGGUGUGCUCCAGACAACACUCUUCCAACCCCCAUCAUCUUACAGAGGAACAGCAGUGCCAAAGAACUCACUUCCUUUGCCGCUGAAGCCAUCGCGGUCAACCGUCAGCUGAUGCAGCGUGACGAAGACGAGGAGGAGGAGGAGACGCGACCAAUCAUCAUCAAAGCUACCUCAUGCUCCAUGCAGCUGUCGCCCCCUUCGGAAUCCAGGCUGGCCCAACGGAGGCAGAAGAGCAGCAUGACGAAGGCGGGGGCCGCGAGCCAGCACCUCGGCGCGCCGUUAGUCCUGGUGGGCGAUCACGCGUGAUCGCCUGCCCGCUGUGGGGGCCCCCCCCACCACUCCCUGUACAUACGUGUGUGCUGUAUCCGGGCGUCGUCCUUCUUUCUUUUCUUCUUCUUCUUCAUUUUUUUUUUUUUAAAUGCCGUUGUUAGCUAGCAACAAGAUCAGGACUCUGUCCUAUUGGCUGGUUUCCAAGGUUUCACUGAUCUUGUAAGUUCCUUUCUUUUGUUUAGUUUCUGUUUAAACACCUCCCCCCCCUUUUUUUUUUUUUUUAAAAAAAGGUAUUAAAUCAAGUGUGAGGUUGCUUCACCCAGGGCACAUUUAAGGACAUUUAACAGACGACGUAUGAACUCUUUCUUGUCUGUCUUUUUUUUCUUUUUUCUUUUUUUUUUUUUUUCCCCCUACACCAAAGGACUAUUUGUAUAAGCGACGCUUUUACAACUUCAGCUCAUUUCAUACUGUGAAAAAACAACAAUGACGGAAAAGACCCUUGGUUGUAUUUUUAACAACAAAAAGUAGCAUUUUAACAUUUAUUUUCCUAUCAAGCCGCAGGUUUUUCUUUGAAUUGGGGCUGAGAUGAGUCAACCAUGGGGAGUUCUUUUUUAAAAAAACAAAAAAACACAAAACCAAAAAAAAAAAAUCCCCAAAAAACAAAACAACUGAAGAAAAAAAUUAAUCAUUCCGGAGCUGGAAUUGGCUAAUCUAAGCUAAGGUGUUGAAAAGCUAACGUAUCCAGGCAUCGCACCUCUUAGAAAAAAGGGGUGAGGGUGGAGAGGGAUAGUCCUGAACCACUGUCCCUCCCAACACUUUCCUUGCCAUAGGGACAUCAGAAUGCAGUGGGAUGCUGUAGUAUUGAGGGAGAGUUUGGUUGAAGCUCCGUUUGGGAACUGGAUCUUCAUCGAAUGCCAGGGCUUGGUGUUGGGGCAUGGGGGGUUGCGUGGCAUUGGAAGGGGGUGUCAUUGUCACCGCAGGUGCCCCUGGUCCUGGAAGCUUAGUGCCCUCUGCUCCUGUUGAAGUCUGUGGAAGUGGGGGGUGUUCUGCACCUCACCUGGAGAGAGAACGUGGUGCUGGCAGGUGGAUUUCUCGCUAGAAGAGAGGGGCGAGCUGUGCUCAUGAGGGCAGUUGAUCUCCCUGCUUUGGAUUGAAACUCGGCUCCCUGCUCCAAGAUAAGCUAUUUAAACCACUUUAGGGUUUUUGUUUGUUUUUCUUUAAACAGCCUAGUUGUGCUUUGCUAAAGCAAACCCUGCUUGAAUAGGGCGUGGAGAAGUGUCUUCCUUCCUUCGUUCCCCUAGGUUCUGUCCUUCCGACUCGGACUGGGAACUGAGCUGUACUGGCAUGGUGCUUCCUAGGGUUCGAUGAUGUGCCAGGUACAGCUUGGAUAUGGGGGAGCAGAGGUGGGGACUGGUGGGAUCUCCACCAGUGUUCCCAGGUUUUUGAAAUGUUCGCAGAGUUAGGAAGUAACUCUGAACAUGUUAUAGGGCUGGUCCUGUCCUGUGAAAGUCUGUAGGGGCUUUGCCAUGGAGCAGGAUCCAAGCCUCUUCUGAGGAGUGAGUGUGUGUGUGUGUGUGUGUGUGUGUGUUUGUGUGUGUGUGUGUGGGGAGGGGGUGUCUACCCCAGUUACCAGCUGCCAGUUUUGUGAGAUCACACGAGCAGCUGGGUUCCCAGUAAACGGCAGGAUCGACUCCGAGCUCCUGUCCUUACAGACUGUGGCUGGCGAAUCCCCUGCCUUGGAAAUAAUCUGGUGCUUUUUAAAAAGGAAAAACUUGUUCUUGCUUUCAGUGAGCUUUCUGUCCUAGGGCAACGAACUGAGCAUUCAGGGAGAGGAUCUGAGCAGCUCUGUCGCCGGGAGGCAGAAGCAAGUGAAAAGAAGUAUUGUUUCCGUGGGAUCUGUGUCGCUUAAGGGGUUCCAUGGUGUAUUUCAUUUAUUUUUUUAAAUGCAGAUCUUCCCACGGUUUCCCCUCAAGAGGGAGGAGAUGCUUUUUUGAGGUGUGAUCAGCCUUCCUUUUAGGUGGGCAUAGAAAUCUGUCCAGGGCUUGCCUGUGACGGUUGCCUGUGGGCUGCUUUCCCUCAGGAAAUCCAGUCUUUGGCAUUGGACGGGCAGAGAGCUCCCCCAGCGGGGUAGACCAGAGGUGGGUUUCUGGGUCUUCAUGCUGAAGCAGAGGUGGACUAGAGGAGGAAGAGCUUUAAUAGUCUUUGAGGGAGGCGCGGUCUCAUGGAAGUUGGGUUUUUGGGUUGAGACGCUUGCAGGGAAGCAGAUUUAGUCAGCAGGGCCUCUCGGGGAGGUCUGAAUUGGAGGGGAGCAUGUGCGGUUUGAAUGCACCUUCCGGAGGUUCCAUAGACGUGAUCCCCCCCCCCCCCCCGAGUUUAAUUGUGACACAAGCCUUCCCAACCAAUCAGGCUGACCAAUCAGAACGAGUCUGUCAGUGGGGCUGAGGCGGGGGUCCUAGGUGGGUGGCAGCAAUUCUCCUUGCCUGUGGUGUAUCUCGUGCUUCCAUUUGUUCUGAAGUCUCUUACCUAGUUUCCUGAUCCUGCCUGGCGUGUAGCACCUUCCCUUUCCUUGAUUUCCUCUUGAAAAAUUAGGGUUCUGGGCCUGAUCUUUCAGAAGCGCUGAGUCUUAGAUGGGGGCACGCUACAGCUUGUGCACGCCCAGCUGUUCUGCAAAUCAAAACCCCGUAUCUCCCUGCGGAAUAUCGGGCUGGAUUUGCCUGCCCUUGACGGUGGUGCAGAUGAAGGGUAGCACCACCAAGCUGAGUGUAGCUGUGCUGAUGUGAAACUGGCAGUGAGUGAACUCAGUGGCUUCAUUCUGCCUUCCCAGAAGCUCCUCUCUUAAACAAGGCCGACGUGUUUGUCUGAGUCUGUCCAGACUGUGGGAAAUGUGCCCCCUGCAAAUUACUGGUCUCCCUUUCUCUCUAACUGGAUGCAUCAAGCUUUAUAUUUUUAAAAGCCACCUCAAAUUUAUCACAUAGGCACAGCUGGAGGUUUUUGGAACCUUUGAGUUGGGAGUCCAGCCUGUCUCCCCUGAAUUUUGGUGUAAGCCUGAUGCUUUCUCAGACUGAGGACAUUCUGGGUUUUUUUCCCCCCCGAAGACUGCUGACAGCAAUACUAUGCAAUAUGUUUAGUUUAUUUCAGGGAGGCAAUUGUGAAUAGCAUCAGGGGUUAGCUGAUCAUUGGGUGUUUGGAUCUCAGUGAAGCUUUGGAAAGGGACAGGAAUGUAAACUCUAACUGUUCCCUACCCUGUUUUGCAGAAGCAAUUUCACUUCAUCUGUAAGUAAAACACCUUUGUUUCCAAAAUCCACAUCUUGCUUGCAGUGAUCAGCACUUGCUUCCCUUGGCCGCAGAACUCCAGGGUAGCAAGGAGAAUACGGGGGAGUGCUGUAUUGGAAGCAAGGGGGUACUGUACCUUGAAAAACAGGCUGCAAUACUCCUAGAGACCUCCUUUAAAAAAAAUCCAUUAUCUUGAUUGUACAUUGUUACUUUUUUAUAGCUUAUUUUGUUUUUAUCAGUUGUAGAUAAUUCCUCGUUGUCUUAUAUUAAGAAAUACUUGAAUGAUGUACAGUAUGCGAUGCCUCGAGCUGGUAUUGUGAAAGCUAUUGUAAUGCUGCAGGUUGCAGCCUUUUAAAAAACAAACAUGGGAAGGGAAUUGCAAGGGGGGGAUGUUCUAGUUUUCCAUAAUUUUGUUGGCAAACUUCUCUGCUUCCCAUUCAUUAAACUUUUUUUCCCUACACUGAAAGGUGGCUUACGAAGGCAAGUGAACUGGGUUGACCUUUCUUUACUGCUUUCUUUCAGACCUCAGAAAAAUCAGGGAUGCAGGCCUGGGGUUGCCUGGUUUUGCUGGAGGACUAGUUGAAGAUCUCUGAACAGAUCCUCAUUUGGGGUCAGAUCUGGCAAUUUACACUUGCUGCUGAUCUGCCUGCUCACAUGUCUUGUGAGCUUUUUCUUCUCUUGGGGGAGAGGUUCAAAGUCACAGAUAGCACUUUUAGAGCCAUUAGGCUCUUAUCUCCUGUCUGUGCCUCUGAAAAUUGCCCCCUUUUAAAGGGAGGUCAGCCUCACUCCGUUGAUUAUUAGGAGAGCUUUUCUGACGGCUUGCCAGGCAGUUUGUUUUAAAUCCACACCGAUUUAACUUGGUGUUUUAAAAGUCAAUCCAAAUACAGUUCACUUUGUUUCGCUGGCAUGGUGCAUCUAUCUGUCACAAUGUUAGCAGUCCUCCCAUCAGCCAAAGUCUUGCAGGAAAAUCUGUAGACAAGACCCUGGAUUGCUAAUGAAGGGGAAACUUUGGAAGAAACACUUUCAUGCCAUUUAAGAAUCAAAUAGGCAGCCCAGUUACUCUUUCCUUUCUAGGUUGCCUUUAAGAAGCACACUUGCUGUGAGGAAGUGCACAGAGCAGUGUGUGUUUGGAGGGAAUUGUGAAAUGCCUUGCACGCUUCGGCUGAGAGUUCAGCUUCAUUUAGGCACCUCCAUGAUCAGACUUCAUAGUAUUUGGCCCCAAGUAGCUGCCAUUAUUCAGUGGGAGCAGAGGGCUCCAUUGAGGGUGUCUAAGUGGGAGAUGGAUGCUCAAGUCUUUUGAAAAAUUUGGCCCUUGGUCUGUAGGCAUUGACAAGACAGAAGAGACACUAAUGCUAGUGUCCAGGAUUGGGCCCGCAUCCCACCUCCUCACUGGUUACUUUCCCUUGGUUUUGUUUCCAAAGACAAUGCUUGCCCAGAAUCUUUCUCUCUAGCACUUAAAUGGUUCUGUGCCCAGUUUUAAUCCUGUCUUGCCAAAGUCCUUUUUUUUAAUCCAUGUUUUCCUCUAUUUUUUUUAAAAGCCUUUUUUUUUUUUUCUGGUAAAGCAUCUGUCUUGGAGACUUUUUUUCUUUUCAAAAUGUUUCUUGCAAGUUUUAGCAGGAAAUUUAAAUUUUUUGCUCAUUUCCCCCUUGGUCCUCCUUCAGUCAAUUAACUCAAUUUAGAACUGGUUAGAAACUUUUACUGUGAAUCUGACUUUUUUUUUAUCAAUACAGGAGAAAACCCUUUCUCCACUUUACAAUUGAUGAAGACUGCCAAAGCUGGGUUUGACAUAAAAUCACCUUAACGCACUGUUGGUUUGUACAAUGGAUGCCUCGAGCCAGGGGCUGGUUUAAAAAUAAAACUAAAGUAAAAACAAAAAAUAAAAACAAAAAUUUAAAAAAACAAGCACUUUAUUGUAUGUACCAGGUGAACUGAUACAGCUCAAUCGAAGUUUUCCUUUGUAACAACUGUUGAUGCCAGAAUUUUGUAUUCUGUUUUGUAAGAAUUUAAUAAAUGCGUUGAAACCUA